AUGACUGAUGUCUCGGACCGAACCACCCUCACCACGCUGUAUCAGGCCGGCGAGGGCAUCUACGAGUUGAUGGACAAGGUCAUGGUCAUCGACCAGGGCCGCAUGCUCUACCAGGGUCCCGCCAAGGAGGCGCGUAAGUACUUCGAGGACCUCGGUUUCUACGCCCCGCCGCGACAGACAACUCCCGACUUCCUCACCUCCAUCUGCGAUGUGAACUCGAGGCAAUUCCGCGAUGGGUGGGAAGCCCGCUGCCCCAAGACGGCCGAAGAACUCGAGAAGGCCUUCCGGGAGAGCACAGCUUACCAGAAGCUCCUUGCUGACGUCAGGGACUUCGAGCAACACCUAGAGAAGACGGGCCACGCCGACAUGCAGGCGUUCAAGGACACCGUGAAGGAGCAAAAGUCCAAGCGCGUGAUGCCGGGGUCCAAGUACGCCGUGGCGGUAGGUAAGCAAGUGGCGCCGGGAUUCCCUGGUUUGGUGGAGGAGGAGUCGGACGGCGAGGUUAAUGAAGAGGACUGA